AAGCGCACACAUUUCAAUUUGGUAAAUUGUAAAUUCAAUUUUAAUUGAAAUGGUGCCCUUUCGUUGGGGCCUGCUGUUUGGUUUAGUGCUGAUCGUGGCCCACACAAAUGGAGCGGCUAUUGAUCAAUCAUCUCCGGUCGAUGAAGAUGAAGCACAGACAGCCCUAUCGGAUCUGGAGCGUACCAAACGAAGUGGCUAUGCCCGUGGUCAGACUCAAUCGCAGUACUUAAAUUUUGGUAAACCCGAACAAGAUGGCAAGGCCGAAGCGGAGGCUGAUGCAAGUGGUUCCCGAUCCACUGUCUCUGGCUCCCAUGGCAUGGGCCAGGCCCAGAGUCAAUUCUCUUCGGGCGAUUGCAGUGGUUGUGCCUCCGGGGGUGGCUAUCAGACGGACUAUCCUGGCUCUGGUAGACCCGAUGCCAUCAUAAGCCUACCUCCUGGUGCUGAUGCACAGAGCGGUAUUGGUGGAUAUGGAGCGCAGCCAGGAGCGGCUGGAGGAAGAGGCGGAAUCGGGACAGGUCAGCCAGGAGCUGGUGGGUUAUCGGGAUAUGGCACUCAACCAGGACAGCCAGGUUAUGGAACUCAGCCAGGAGCUGGAGGACAAUCGGGCUAUGGAGGUCAACCAGGAGCAGGUCAGAUCGGUGUUCCCGGACAAGCUGGUUUCGGUACUCAGCCUGGUGCUGGUGGGCAGAUUGGAGGACAACCCGGCGCUGGAGGUGUUCAAUCAGGAACCGGACCCAGCGGUAGUCAGUCAGGUACUCCCGGUCAGGGAGGAUACGGUACUCAGCCAGGUGCAGGCAGCUUGAUUGGAACACAACCCGGUGCAGGUGGCCAAGCGGGAAUCGGUGGUCGCCCCGGAUAUGGAGGUCAACCUGUAUCUGGAGGUAAAAUUGCAGGCCAACCUGGAUACGGAACCCAGCCAGGAGCUGGAGGACAGACUCAACCUGGUGCAGGAAGCCAAACAGGAUACGGAACACAGCCUGGGACAGGUGGACAACCUGGAAUCAGUGGUCAAACCGGAUAUGGCACGCAGCCCUCAGCACAAAAACUGAUUGAAGGCAAGCGGGGCGAUCAACCCGCAACCGCAGGACAACCUGGAUAUGGUACUCAGCCAGGAGCAGGAGGACAAACUGGAUACGGAACUCAGCCUGGUGCUGGAGGACUGAUUGGAGGCCAACCCGGUGCUGGAGGUAGUCAACCCGGAAUUGGUGGGCAACCUGGAUACGGAACUCUCCCAGGAGCUGGUGGUCAACCUGGACGCGGCGGACAAACAGGAUACGGAACACAGCCAGGUGCCGGAGGACAGAUUGGAGGCCAACCCGGUGCUGGAGGUAGUCAGCCCGGAAUUGGUGGGCAACCUGGAUACGGAACUCUCCCAGGAGCUGGUGGUCAACCUGGACGCGGCGGACAAACAGGAUACGGAACACAGCCAGGUGCCGGAGGACAGAUUGGAGGCCAACCCGGUGCUGGAGGUAGUCAGCCCGGAAUUGGUGGGCAACCUGGAUACGGAACUCUCCCAGGAGCUGGUGGUCAACCUGGACGCGGCGGACAAACAGGAUACGGAACACAGCCAGGUGCCGGAGGACAGAUUGGAGGCCAACCCGGUGCUGGAGAUAGUCAGCCCGGAAUUGGUGGGCAACCUGGAUACGGAACUCUGCCAGGAGCUGGUGGUCAACCUGGACUCGGCGGACAAACAGGAUACGGAACACAGCCAGGUGCCGGAGGACAGAUUGGAGGCCAACCCGGUGCUGGAGGUAGUCAACCCGGAAUUGGUGGGCAACCUGGAUACGGAACCCUGCCAGGAGCCGGUGGUCAACCUGGACUCGGCGGACAAACUGGAUACGGAACACAGCCUGGUGCUGGAGGACAGAUUGGAGGCCAACCCGGAUAUGGAACUCAGGCUGGAACCGGGGGUCAACCCGGAUUCGGAGGACAUACGGGUUAUGGGACUCAGCCUGGUUACGGGGGCCAACCUGGUGCUGGUGGAUUACCUGGAGGUAGUCAACCCGGAUACGGAACGCAGCCUGGAGCCGGCGGUCAACCCGGAAUAGGUGGACAACCGGCAUACGGUACCCAGCCUGGUGCUGGAAGACUAAUUGGAGGCCAACCCGGUUAUGGAACUCAGCCUGGAGCCGGUGGUCAACCCGGAAUCGGCGGACAAACAGGAUACGGAACUCAGCCUGGUGCUGGAGGACAGAUUGGAGGCCAACCCGGAUACGGAACACAGCCAGGAGCCGGCGGUCAACCUGGGGUUGGAGGACAAACAGGAUACGGUACCCAGACUGGUGCUGGAGGACUAAUUGGAGGCCAACCCGGUUAUGGAACUCAACCUGGAGCCGGUGGACAACCCGGAAUCGGUGGACAAACAGGAUACGGGACCCAGCCUGGUGCUGGAGGACUGAUUGGAGGCCAACCCGGUUAUGGAACUCAGCCUGGAGCCGGUGGACAACCCGGAAUCGGUGGACAAACAGGAUACGGAACACAGCCUGGUGCUGGAAGCCUGAUUGGAGGUCAACCCGGAUAUGGAACUCAGUCCGGUACGGGUGCUCAACCUGGAUACGGACCACAGGCUGGUGUCGCUGGUCAACCUGGUGCUGGAGGACAGAUUGGAGGCCAACCCGGAUAUGGAGUCCAGCCGGGAGCCGGACAAACAGGAUACGGAACCCAGCCUGGCCAACAUGGAUAUGGAACUCAACCUGGUGCAGGAGGACAGAUUGGUGGACAGCCCGGUUAUGGGCAAACAGGAGCCGGAAUCACUGGGCAACCAGGAUAUGGAACUCAGCCUGGAGCUGGUGGUCAACCCGGAAUCGGCGGACAAACAGGAUACGGAACACAGCCAGGUGCCGGAGGACAGAUUGGAGGCCAACCCGGUGCUGGAGGUAGUCAACCCGGAAUUGGUGGGCAACCUGGAUACGGAACUCUGACAGGAGCCGGUGGUCAACCUGGACUCGGCGGACAAACUGGAUACGGAACACAGCCUGGUGCUGGAGGACAGAUUGGAGGUCAACCCGGAUAUGGAGUUCAGCCUGGAGCAAGUGGUCAGCCCGGAAUCGGUGGACAAACAGGAUACGGAACACAGCCAGGUACUGGAGGACAGAUUGGAGGCCAACCCGGAGCUGGUGGAUUGCCUGGAGGUGGUCAACCCGGAAUUGGUGGCCAACCUGGAUAUGGAACCCAGCCUGGAACCGGUGGUCAACCCGGAAUCGGCGGACAAACUGGAUACGGCACUCAACCUGGAUAUGGAACUCAGCCUGGUGCUGGAGGACAGAUUGGGGGACAACCCGGAUACGGAACGCAGCCUGGAGCCGGCGGUCAACCCGGAAUUGGUGGACAAACAGGAUACGGACCCCAGCCUGGAGCCGGCGGUCAACCCGGAAUUGGCGGACAAACAGGAUACGGAACCCAGCCUGGAGCUGGAGGCCAACCCGGAUAUGGUGCCCAGCCAGGAGCCGGUGGUCAACCCGGAAUCGGUGGACAAACAGGAUACGGAACCCAGCCUGGAGCUGGAGGACAGAUUGGAGGCCAACCCGGAUAUGGUGUCCAGCCAGGUGUCGGUGGACAACCCGGAAUCGGCGGACAAACAGGAUACGGAACCCAGCCUGGAGCUGGAGGCCAACCCGGAUAUGGUGUCCAGCCAGGAGCCGGUGGUCAACCCGGAAUCGGCGGACAAACAGGAUACGGUACCCAGCCUGGAGCUGGAGGACAGAUCGGAGGCCAACCCGGAUAUGGUGUUCAGCCUGGAGCCGGCGGUCAACCCGGAAUCGGCGGACAAACAGGAUACGGAACCGAAAUUGGUGCACCUGGCCGAUACACAGAUGGAGGCGCCGCAGUUGCUCCUGCUGGUGGUGUUGUUGUUCCCGGUGGAUCUGGUGCCGAUGAUGCUUUCUCCCAAGCCGAGUCGACAAUUGGCGAUGGUCAGGCAUCGGCGAGUGCCCAGGGAAAGAAGAACGGCGGCACAGCUAAGACCCAGGUGUCAGGUAGCUACAGCUCUGGAGGAACCUUCAGCGCAAGUGCCAUGACCUCCGAUGCUGAUCGCGCCGCUAGCGCUCAGGUUACUGGCAAUGCUGAUGGCGCUAUGAGUCAAUCGCAAGGCUCUGGCGGUCCAGCCCAGUCCCAGGCUCAAGUGCAGGUCAACUCAAAGGAUGGCGGCACUAAGGCAUCCUCCCAAAGCGGCGGCAUUCUGCAGCAGAGCCAGAGCGAAGUCCAUGCCAAUGAUAAGGGCGGUCUGGCCGAUGCGCAGUCCAGCGGCCCAGGACAGACCUCAUCGCAGGCACAGAUUGGCUUCCGACCAGGUCAGGACAAUAGCGCGGGAGCCGCCACCGGCGGUGGUCAGGCAUCGGCCCAAUCCGGCAGUCACUCCGGACAGAGUCAAUCGCAGAUUCAUGGCACUUCGAGCUUUGGUGUUUCCUAUCAUGGAGCUGCACAAUCCGCUUCGGGCACUAAGGAGCAAGUGGCCACCUAUCGUGAGCAGAAUCGCGAACUCUUCAAUACCAUUAGCCAAUUUGGAAGUGGAGGCAAUGCUGUCACCGAUCGCGCCGAUGUUGUCUACAGUGGACCGGCCCUGACAUCCGAAUCCGAAAGAAUACCCGAACUAAAGUCCACCAAGACCAGCAAAGAAGAGCCCGAGGUCGAUAUUGUUGACAAGAAAUUGGAUCAGCAACCAUCUGGAGAACCCACAACGGGCAACGAUGAAGACCUAAUUGACGAUGACGAAGAUGAGCCCUACGAUGAGUACGACGAUGAUGAGUACUACAAUGCAAAUCCCGUCAAACUGGAAGAGGCUCGCACCAGAUCAGGUGGCGCCAGUCCAACCAAGGCCCAAGAAUCUCCGGUAGCCCUUAGUCCCAUUGCCUAUACACAAUCCUCACCAGGCCAGAAGCAACAGGCUGUAAUUGCAGCACCGCACACAGACAAAUAUCGUGUGGUCCAGAAUCAAAAUGGACAUGUCAAUACCUAUCCCAUACAGAGAACCACCACCGAAUCGGUGCCCAGCGGUUUCCGUGGCACAGUCAAUGUGGAAAAGAAAUUCCAUACCAAAUCCCUUGAGCUGCAUAAUACGGAUAAGAAGUUGGAGAUCAGUUCCGACACAGAUGCUGAUAUAACAAAGACGCCAGCACGUGCUCCCGAUAGCUAUGUGACUGUGACGAAAUCCGUAACCGGCAGCAUGGAUAAUAGCAAGAAUCCACCGCAAGAGAAUAAGAAUUUCCAAUCGACUUACUAUACUAAAUCAUCGACAUGCGGUUACUUCACCUUCUCGUGCAAUAUUGUCUAUGGGGCAAAUGGACGUAGUAAGAUUUGUCGCCCGAAGGCGCCAUCGAAUGGUAAAUGCUAGACAAAGAUUAUGGGGGUCAGUUCCAAAGGGGCUCAAUUGUUGUAUGUAGUAGUGCAGCUAAUAAAUAAAAAAGAAAAAAACAACAAACAAACAAAAACAAAAGUAAUCUAACCCAAAUGCAAUCAAAUGUUCUUAAGUUUAUUAUUUUAGAGUUUUAUAUACACACACACACACGAAACACCCACACAAAUACACAAAUAAACACACA